GCCUCCGGACAUAACUCGAGUCAUACUCCGCAUCGCUCCCUUCGACACGCUCAUAGGCGUCGAUAGUUACAGGUAGAAAGACUACCCAAUCGGCGACUGGCUCCUCACUUGCCAUAGGCAGUAUCAAUACGAAUACAGAACCAAAAUGCCUCCGGAUUAGCACGCAGGCAAGAAACGAUGAGAAUAACACGGCGGAUAAUACCUUCACGCGAUACCUCCCCACCAACGUCGCCAACGAACAAAUCAAGAAUACCCUCCGGAACACAGAUACAACUAAGGAAGUGCAAGUGGCGGGAGUAGGAAACACUAGAACUGAAUACGUGAUCAGAUUCAAGAAUAAAAAAUCGACCGAGACUGCCAAGGCAAACACCGAGUGAUUAGAAGUGUUAGGAAAUGGUACAAAGUUGGUUAAGCCACGAUUCGGGAUUGUGGUUCAUCGCCUUCCAACUGAAGGCGUCUCACUACCAGAGAACAAGCAAGAAACCAUUAACAAAAUCACAGAAGAGAAUGACCUCACGGCCAAAGGCUGCCACAUCAAGGAUAUCGCAUAGCUCAAGAAGACUGACAAACCGUUGGGCGAUUAAUAAUGGACUGGUCUAUGGACAACUAUACAUCGGGAACGUGAGGGCCUAUAAGUUCGAAAUGAAGAGAUGCCACAGAUGCCUGAGAGUAGCUGGCCACCUCGCGUGGUCCUACAAAGAGACUUUGAGAUGUCGACACUGCGGUGGAGAGCAUGAUCGACGGGACUGUCCUCCUGGCACAGAGGCCAAAUGCGUGGACUGCAAUGGACCAUAUCCGACGGGGGACAAGGAAUGCAGAGAGCCCGCCGCCAUGAACUCCUGACAAUGAAUCUGACCAACCUUCGGAUACUACAAGUGAACAUUAUGAAAUCAAGAGCCUGCAUGGAAGCGCUCAUUAAUAACCCUAAAACGAACAAUCUGGACGUGCUCCUAGUACAAGAACCACCGGUCACAGCUUACCGCACACACGUCUUUCACCGAUUGUGGCACCUAUAUCAACUAACGUAUGCCGACGACGG